AUGAAAUUCUCGAAAAUUUUGUUGACUCUGACCUCUCUCUUAGCAUCGACGGCCGUUGCUGCCGACAAUGCAGACAUUAAUGCGAAACAAGCACCGGCCUAUCAGAAAUUCCAGCCAACUGAUGAAAAGCCAUUUAAUUUUAAGAUUGACUAUCUUAUCAAAGGUAAACAGGAAAAGUCUUCAACUGAAGUUGUAAAGGUUUCAAAUGGUGAAACUGUUAGUGUUGUUUAUAAUUUCACUUCUGGGGAGGAGGAACCUUGCACGAUUAUUGGUGUUGGGGGUCAGUUGGUUUCUCCUGUCACCGGUGAUGUGAAAGCCAACGUGACGGCAAACCAGAUCGGUCCUCUUGCUGUUUCCACUGAUGAAAGUGUCACGUUUAUUCAAAAUGUUGCAGUGAAUAUGAUUCCUGAUGACUAUUUGUUUGUACCUGCUGUCUACAUUGUGUACGAGAAGAAGUUCAUGAAGUUGGGCGCAAGAAAUCAGAUAUUUGAUGUGACCGAUCCAAAAAUAUCCUUCUUUAAUCCGAAAUUGAUUGUCUCGGAAUUAUUACUCGGGGCUACCGUUGCUGGCUUGGUUUAUGUUCUAUAUGGCACAUUCGGUAAAACGUAUUUGAAAGGGAUUCUUCCUUCUCCUACCUUAAAAGCUUCUAAACAGAAGGCAUCAAAGAAAUCCACUACUUCAAUCUCUAAAUCUACUGGUGUUGACGAAUGGCUCCCAAAAACGCAUCUUAGAGAAAUCACAAAGAAAUCUAAGAAAUCUAAUUAA